GUUGGGGCUGUCACUUUUGAAAGAGCCACGGCGGGGCUGACCACUAUAAAACCCAUCGUCUAGGAGGAAGGGGCAGAGAGAACCCCGCUAGGCUUGCUGGCUGGAUCUUUACUAAAUUUCAAAGCAGAAAAAAAAGAAACAAAACACCAAAAGCAAACAAACAAACAAACGAGCGGCCCCAGGGAUGAUGUUCCCCAGCCUCAUCGCUCCGCCGGCUGGCUACCCCAGCCUCCUCCGGCCGACUCCAACCCUCACCUUGCCUCAAUCUCUGCAGUCAGCUUUUUCCAGCCAUUCCAGCUUCCUGGUGGAAGAUUUGAUCCGGAUCAGCAGGCCCACCAGCUACCUGCCCAGGACUGCCCCCCCGCCCAGCAUGUCCCCUCCAACCUCAGCCUCCAGGACGGACUCGGGGACGCCGGAGCUCGCCAGCUCCACCACGGCCGCCGGCUCCAGGAGGAUCUGUUCGCCACAGACUUCCAGCAGCGACUCCACUUUCCUGAAGUUUGGGGUCAACGCCAUCCUCUCCUCCGCCCCCCGCACCGAAACUUCCCCUGCGUUGCUUCAGAGCGUCCCUCCAAAGACUUUUUCCUUCCCGUACUUUGAAGGAUCCUUCCAGCCCUUUAUCAGAUCUUCCUAUUUCCCAGCUGCCUCCGCCGUGGUCCCCAUCCCCGGGACCUUCUCCUGGCCGCUGGCCGCCCGUGGCAAACCCCGCCGGGGGAUGCUGCGCCGCGCCGUCUUCUCCGACGUGCAGCGCAAGGCGCUGGAGAAGAUGUUCCAGAAGCAGAAGUACAUCAGCAAACCUGACAGGAAGAAGCUGGCGGCCAAGCUGGGCCUCAAGGACUCGCAGGUGAAGAUCUGGUUCCAGAACAGGAGGAUGAAGUGGAGAAACUCCAAAGAAAGAGAGCUCCUCUCUUCUGGUGGCUGCAGAGAACAGACUCUACCCACCAAGUUCAACCCUCACCCAGACCUCAGUGACGUGGGCAAGAAAUGUUCAGGAGAGGAGGAGGAGGAGGAAGUUCCCCCCGUGUGCCCACCCAGCCCCCGGCAUCCUUUAACCUACCACCAGUCCCCAGAACAUCUACACUUGAGGGACAGACUGGACUCCCAUACGUCUCCUUCUCCAUCCCAUUCUAGCAGCCCCAGCAAACCUUCAGACUUCUCAGACUCAGAGGAAGAGGAUGAUGAAGGGGAAGAUGAAGAGGAGGAGAUUACGGUCUCUUAGAUCACUCUGCCUGCCCCUACCGUCACACGGGGACAUUGCAAAGUUGUAAAUAAAACAGAAUCCUAUAAAUUGAAGAGGUGAUGUCCCACCCAAAAGUCCACAUACUUCUCCAGAGCAGGUUCUUCAUCGCAUAGCUGCAAGGCUUUCUACUUAUAGCUAUUCCUUAUUUUUUUUACCCCAUGUCGAGGUUUCUAUAUUCAUAGCAUCUGCUAAGCUUUUCAUAACUUUAUCUGCUUAACAUCAACAUCUGCUCAAUUAGGUGCUUUCUCUUGAAAGCAAGCAACAGGUAACUCCUCACUUUAUAGCAGGGAGGAAAGUACAUCCUGUUGAGAGGGGAAACUUUUUCUCCAAAUAAGAAACAACAAAAAAAUACAAUAUAGAUGCUGUGACCACUUUCACUACCUUUCAAGUGAAUUUCCAGCUACUAUUAAGAUUUCAAAACAGCAAAGUCUGGUCUGAACCAGCAACCCUUCCGUCCAAAAAUGACAUUAUUGAAGGACACAGAACAAACGCUGUCUCCCUUCUCACCCCAAAUAGCACAAUACUUGCACAGCACAACCACGGAAAUCCCUGGAAUGACUUCUAAUGUAUAAUGCAAGUUUGCCUCGUGUAAUGGCAACCGUAUAUAUUUAUAUGUUUUUCAUUUUAAUUUAUGCAUCAAUAUUGCAUUGGGAGCUCUGUCUAACCCAUCUUUUUUGCCCACAAGCCUGUGCUUAUUUUCCACUUUGCUUCUGCUCUCCAUGAUGUGGACAGAGGAAAGUGGAUAUGCCUCUUUGAUUUUUGACUGAACUUUGCUGUCUUUGCACAGCUUAUAUGAACUGUACACUAUUUUGUACACUUACUCUGUAUGGAUGUUUUAUACCAAGGUUAUUGUGAAUGAACAUAACAAUGGCUCAAGAUUUCUCUCCUUUUUUUAAUUAAAUGACAGCUAAAGUACAGACAAGUGUAGCUGUUUAAUUGUGUAACUUAUAAAGAAAUGCUUUUAUUUUGUAUUUUACCAUGUACAGACUUUAAAUAUGUAUAUAUAAUAAAGUAAAUGAUUGCCAAAUAAAA